AUGAGUUCUAUUAGAGAAGAGCAAUUGCCAAGGGUUAUCCUACCGUCUGUUUUACGACGUUCAACAAUUUUUUCAACAAAAGAAAACUUACCUAAAUCAUCUCAAGUAACAAAAGCAAGAAGAGUUACCCAAUUACCUGUAAAUAAUGUGAGCAAUACCUUGAAGCGACCUAUAUAUGCUGCAACACCUGGCAGUCGUGCUCCUACAACUGUAAAAAAACCGGUAGAAAGGCUUGAAGCUCUUACUACCGCGAGAAAAGAGGCUUUAAAUAAUCAUUCGCUUGUCAAAUCUUUACCGCAAUCUACAUUAAACGCGUCAAAAAUUCAGCCGCCUCAGGGUAAUAAAAGUUUGAAUCGAGCAAGCUCUUUUGCAAGAAAAAGCAAUGGGACAAAAACUACAAGAUCGAAAAUUGUGCAUGAAAAUAAAAACAAAGGACCUAUUAGACUUCCUAAUUUGCAGAAAUCUAAUGUUUUAACAAGCGGUAACCCACUUACGCGUCUUACACGCGUUAAUCCAAAUUUGAAUCGUCCUUUACGUAACAUGGUUACACUAGCACAAAAGACACAAAAACCCGGAAUUUCUAAAGUCAAUACAAUUUCAUCUGUGAGAAGUAGGCAAGCUGUUACUCUCAAGGAUACUCAAAUUCAAUUCAAACCAAAUCCUAUAUCUCUUCAGGAAAUUUUGUCAAGCCGAACAUCAAGUGAUGUUGCUAAGAAAAGAGAGACUUUAUUAGGUAGAAGACUUAAUUCAAAAUCAUCAACUGCUCCCGGAAAACUUUCGAUGUCCCGAUCCAGAAUGUCUUAUUCUUAUCGUGUUGAGAAACCUCGAGAAGCAAGAGCAUCAAUUUUUUCCGGUGCAUUGCGUGUUCCUAGAAAUAGUGUUAAAAAAAAUUCUCGGAAUACCUUAAUAGGGAAAGAUAUGCCUUGUCGAAAAUUAUCAACUAUUCGCGAGUUAUCUUUCCGUCCUGAUCAAAGCAAGUAUAUUAGCAAAAAUCCAGCUGAUCAAUCAUUAGUUUCACGUGGCGCAUUUCGCAUGCUCGCACAAAGGCUUCCAACACCGGCACUUCGACAUACGACAACUUCCUUCAUUGAUCAAGGAGAUCGUACACAACGAAAACCAACCGAACAAAAUUUGACCACUAUACAUGAGGUGUCUUUGACUCGACAAGUUAUCAAUACACAACUGCCAGCGAAAGUGGGAAAUUCUGAAAAAACAGUUGAAUCUCUGGUGAAUCCAUUGAGAAGAAUGAGUAUACGUAGACUUUCAAGAAAAUCUAGUCUGAUAAAUGAUAAUACAUUUUCUCAAUCAAUGAGCUUGUCUUUAUCAAAACAACGUGAUUCGUUUGCUUCCAUUAAUAAUACAUUACCAAAAGUAUGUGUUGAUGAAAAAAAAAUUAUUCCCAGCAAUAAGGAAAACAAUAGUCAACAGAAUACGAACAUUUUAACUCCAGCUGCAACCCUUACGAUGAGACGACCGUCCCAAAUUACAAAUCAAGUUCUAAUUCGUACUUUGAAAGAUAAUCAAAAAACGCCAACAGUAAAGGAAAUUGAAUCUUCUAAAAAUGAAGAUUUACUUACCUUAGCUGCAUCUAUUCCAUUGCCACAAAGUCCAUAUGAUGAUAAAGAAGUUUGUUUAACAAAGGAAUCUUAUAACAAUAAUUUCUCGAGCGAUGUUGAAAAAGCUCGUCUGUAUGAAGAACUGGAAGAACUUGAAAAGCAAUUAGAACAAGAAAUUUCAGAGGAUAUGUCAGAAAUCUUAUAA